CACGGUCAUGAGCGCCGUCACGCUCACCCCGAGCGUCGUGGUGUUGGUGACAUGGUCUAUGCCACCAUGGGCGGCAAGGUCGUCUCCUGGAUCAACGAGUGGACCGGCCAUGCCACCACCUCCGCCGAUGAUGCUCAGGCCACCGCCGCCAGCGAUGCCACCAAUGCCAUCCCCAACGCCCCGGCUCAGCCCACCGAUGCCCCCGCCCCCAAGUCGUCGGAUGAUGACGAGGACAAGGACGAGGACGAGGACAAGCCCACCGCCAAGGAGCUGACCAAGGGCAGCUGCAAGGACUGGCUGUGCAGCAAGAACGCGGGCGACUACACCCGCGAUGGCUUCGGUGAAGCCACCAAGAACAACGACCUGAGCUACAUCUUCUACACCGGCAACGUCGGCAAGCCCUGGGGCAGCAACAUCCAGGAGGUCGACAAGUCGCGCGCCUGCGAGUACGAGCACGUCGUCCGCUUCGAUGGCAGCGAGAAGGACCCCUGGACCCUCACCUUCUGGAACAAGAUGGGCCCCGAUGGAAAGCUGACCGGUUGGUUCGGCCACUCCGCCCUGACCAUCCGCAUCCAGCCCGGCGAGACCAAGUACGUUGCCUUCGACAGCGACUCCCAGGGUGCCUGGGGUGCCGCCAAGGGCAACACCCUCCCCGUCAACCACUGGGGUGCCUACGCCUGCACCUGGGGCGAGUUUGACUUUGGCAACAAUGGCAACGAGGGCUGGGUCGGCUGGGACGUGUCCGCCAUCGAGGUCAUGAAGACCACCAAGGAAGUCCAGGGCAUGAAGAUCUGCAACCACGACGGUAAAGGCUGCUCCAGCAUCUCCAACCUCGGCAAGAAGGUCGAGAACGCCUACACCGACAAGGAGGAGGGCGUCGACGGUAUCGGUGGCCGCCACCCGCCUGGCCCUGCCCGUCUGAUGGUCAACAUCGACUACGAAUAGAUUCGUCUACCCUCUACUCUUUCAAUCUACUAGUCCAUUUUUCUUCUCUACUCUGCUUCGUCUGAAAUCAAUUGCGUUGGAGGUGCUUUAUUUGUGUGCGGUAGCAACCACCGUCCGACCUGAUGGCUCUUCUUUUUCGUUCCUUGUACAUAUACCACAGUAUUGUCUCUAGUUCAUAAAUUUGUUACGAGUUAUGGAUCAUCGUACAUGACAGUACUCUUGAGAGUACAUC